AUGGUACGGGUUUUGUCUUUCUUGGAGCGGUCGCGAGACUCGCGCCGCUCCCGAGGCGCUAGAUGCGCCUUCUGGCUCGGGGUUGUGUCCAUCGACUCUUGGGAGCCGCUGGACGUCCGCUCACACGAGCGGGGAGUUUUCAGCGUAGGCCUUGCCUCGAAAAGCAGGGCCUUGGAGGUCACCAACCCAGAGGUCGAUGGGCCCUCCUUCGGGGACGGCGCAGCAGCGCUGGCUGCUGACGCCAGGGGGGCUGGUGGCAAGGCCGCAGCCACACUAGUUGUGGGCUGGGCCGGAGCCGGAGUCUGCUGCGACGUUGCCCCCUUGCGCGCCGCACCAGCAUACAAUGAGCCCUGGGCCUCGUCCCACCCGCCGAGCGUCCCGCCGCCACUGGCGGGGCGCCGGGUCAAGCGGCGGGUGACCGCCGACCCUAAGGAGCGACGCUGCACCCAGAGCGUAAACAACGCAUUCGCCGAGCUGCGUGAGUGUAUUCCCAACGCACCGGCCGACACCAAGCUGUCGAAGAUCAAGACGCUGCGGCUGGCCAUCUGUUGCAUAGCCUACCUCAUGGACCUGCUGCAGGGACCGCCGGCCGCCGCGCACCAGGCGUGCUUCAAGGCCGACCUGAAGGAGGCCCACGCAGCAAUCACGUUCCACCAGCAGCAACUCACGCGGCUCAACUCGCCUGACGACGUGCGCCGAAAAGAGCCGGCGAACGUGGUACAGGCCGAGAAGAGUGGCAAAGGCCGGACGGGCAGGCCACAACAGGUCUGGGCGCUGGAACUCAAGCACGACGCCCGAGACUCGUCGCCCACGCGUCGGCCGAUUGCACACAACUGGAACUCGCAGCACGGCUGUGUUUCUUCUGUUCUGGCAUACGCAAACAUUCGAGUGACCCAACAAGCAUCAUGCAGAAACAGUGUCACCGUGGUGGGUCGACACUGAACGUCUGCACCCGAUGCUUCGAACAGUGCAGUGCCGGACGGGACAAAAUGUGACAUAUGAACGGAAAGAUUGCUAGUAUUGUUUAUCAUUAUCAUCACUUCAUAUAAUUUGUGCCACGCAUUGCGGCAGAGGACUUCGCCCAGCGUCUGUCACGCUGCUCUGUUCGUCGCGCACGGUAGCGGCAGGAGCGCGUAGUCCCCGCACUAUCUGUAGUUGAAAGGAAAGCAGUGAUAUUGUCUCGGAAGCACGGUGUUGGACGCCACCGUCCUGCGUUAAAAAAAGGAACACAUUCAAAUUUGGUCGCAGGCGGACGGCGCUAGCCUCUUAGCAGCACGCGCACAAUUCCGAGCCACCCAGUCAAUCGCGAAGUUUGACAAAACGUCACGUGUGCAAGCGUAAACACAUUCGCAGCUAGAAACUAUAAGGAGCACGAGGGUAACGUGGUCGUAAUGUUUAAAACUGUGCACGAGCGCCCUGCCUUGCGCCGCUGCGCGACUUCGUGAUAGCAGAUCCCUAAGCCAGAUAAUGUGCGUUCUUAUAGUCUUAUUUCUUCUUUUAGAACAAUUUUUGCAUAAUGAUUCCUAGGAGUCAUACCUUCAACCGGUGUGUGGUAACAUGAACAGAGACUGACGCCGUACGUCUUCAGAGAAAGAAUGUGUCGGAACCCCAGAAAUCAUCCGAGCGGAAUACCGCGUACUGCCGCGGGCGUCACAAUACAGGUGAAAUAUGCAGGAAGGACAAAAGUGGUGCGAACCCGUACGAGACAGUGCUGCGCGGUCGCAAGCGGAGCCGUCACUACAAGGAAGAGAAACACGCAGUUGCGUGAAGUCAAUCCCGGCGAGGAACUGCACGCGAAAAAAGAG